CUAGCUUAGCAUAAGACAAAUUAAUUAAGAUGGCAGAUCAAGUGAAGAUACAUGGAUUUUGGUACAGUCCUUUUACUUUAAGGGUAGUAUUGACCCUUAAGCUAAAAGGUAUACCAUAUGAGAACAUAGAGGAAGAUCGUUUCAACAAGAGUCCUCAACUUCUUCAAUACAAUCCAGUGCACAAGAAAACUCCAGUGUUGGUUCAUGAUGGAAAACCUCUAUGUGAGUCUAUGAUCAUUGUUGAAUACAUUGAUGAGAUAUGGCCACAAUACCCUUUGCUUCCUGUCGAUCCCUUUGAGAGAGCCCAAGCUCGGUUCUGGGUAAAAUAUGUCGAUGAUAUUAUUCCUGUAGUAGGUGCACUCUUCAGAAGCGGUGGCGAUGAAGAGCGGAAGAAUAUCAUAGCGAAAAUCUGGGAACAUCUUAAAGUUGUUGAAGAACAAUGCAUUGACUACGAGAAGAAACUUUUUGGAGGAGACACUGUUAACAUUGUGGACAUAGCUCUUGGAUCAACUAUCAAGUUUCUUGUAACUAUUGAAGAUAUCAUUGAAUUUAAGAUUCUACAAGCUGAGAAAUUCCCUCACUUGCAUACAUGGUUUGAUAAUUUCAAGAAUGUACCUGUCAUAGGUGAAAAUCUUCCUGAUCAUGAGAAACUGAUAGCUUUUCUGAAGGCUCUCAUACAAAAGUAAUUAUAGCAUCUUCCUAAGAAAGGGGUAGCUUAUAUGAAGUGGUAAUAAAGCACAUGUUAAUGUGUUAUCUUUCUAAUGUACUUCUUUAUGUUACCAACCUAGGGUUGGGUUUGUCAAGCUCAUGCAUAAAAGUAAUAAAAUUGUAAGAUGGUUUGUAUUUGCUUUUA